AUGGCUGCCGCGAUGAAGGCGCAAAAGACAGGACUGCUGGAACUUCGAAUCACCGUGGACCGAUGGAUCCGAGUGCUGGCCACGCUCACGGAGGACGCGCUCACCGUGAAUCCGGGGGAAAGUGGCGAGGAGCCCGUUAAGCCCAGUCCCGGCCCGGUCGGAGCCCUGAAUGGAGACCCACCAAACCUCAGCUCGUCCCCCGUGCCCGAAACCAUCACCAACGUCAAGCGCACGGUGCGAGUGAUCAAGCAGGACGUAGGAGGGCUCGGGAUCAGCAUAAAAGGGCUGGUUCAGAGGCAGUGUGAACGGAGGUGGGUCCAACUGUCUGCACUGGACCGGCAGAGGGACAGGGGAGGCUGCCUUAAGCUGCUGUAA